CGGGACUGACCAAUCAGGCAGGUCUCGUAGUGAGCUAGCGCGAGGCUGUGUGGUGCUCUAUAUAGAGGAAGCGCGAGGCCGUUAGUGACUGAGAAGAACAGACGGCAGGACAAACGCUAUCUGAAGGUGAUCUUGAGUGGCAUAGUAACAAUGGCAAAAGGCGAUCCAGGGAAGCCCAAAGGCAAGAUGUCUGCCUAUGCUUAUUUUGUGAAGACGUGUCGUGAAGAACACAACAAGAAGAAUCCUGGCGUCACUGUUAACUUCUCAGAAUUUUCCAAAAAGUGCUCGGAGAGAUGGAAAACUAUGUCACCAAAAGAGAAGACUAAAUUUGAAGACCUGGCCAAACAGGACAAGGCCCGUUAUGACCAGGAAAUGACACACUACAAUCCAGGAAAGAAGGGUAGGAAGCAGAAGAAAGACCCCAAUGCUCCAAGGAGGCCACCGUCUGGAUUUUUCCUGUUCUGUGGCGAACACAGGCCUGGUAUCAAGGCCCAGAACCCCAGCCUUGGCAUUGGUGAUGUAGCCAAGAGGCUGGGUGAGAUGUGGAACAAUCUGUCCGAUUCAGAAAAGCAACCCUUCCUGUCCAAGGCCAAUAAACUCAAGGACAAAUAUCAGAAGGACAUGGCGGACUACAAAGGAAAGGGCAAAGGAAGUGGAGGAGCAUCAUCUGCCAAAUCCAAACCCAAGGAUGAUGACGAUGAUGACGAUGAUGAGGAGGAGGAAGAAGAAGAGGAUGAUGACGAUGAUGAGGACGACUAAAGAACUUUGUCUCCUAAUUGGGCAGUAAGAGUUGUUUUUGUUCGCUGCCAAUUAAUUUCAGUUGAGUCUGGGUCUAACAGGUCUUGUUGUCAAGGCUGCUAUACACUGAUCACCAGUAGAUUUGCCCAAUGCAUGCAAGCUCUGACUUUAGACAACCAAACUCUCUCGAAAUGCUGGGUUUGCUGGUGGUCCUGUUAAAGCUUGCUAUUAAACUGUAUUGGCAAAAUAUUUCCACACCGUUCAACAAUAAAUAUAAGUGGUAGCAGUACAUACUCUUUUAAAACUAUUUAAGGUGGCGUGUUUCUGUAUGGCUGUUGAAUUAAACGUUCUUUUUAUUUUUCCUAAUCUCCCAGCUUUAAAAAUGCGCAGUUUGUGAAUAGACUUCAGAUUUCUUUUCCCUGUUUGGCCCCAUAAGCUUCCCGCUUUGACGCGGAUGUUUGUGGCUUUGAUUUAUAUUAUUUGUGUAAUUUUGAAUGAUUGCAUUGAUCAUUUUAUGCGUGGAGACUCUGGUGACAUUUCGGCUUUAACCAGAGUGAUCAACUUUAGAUGGGGAAAGCUCUUAUUUGCACCUUCGAUUUAUUUUUAUGUAUAGGUGACACUGUGAUUUGAAAUAAACGUGGCAUUUUUAGAUCUCAAAAUGAUUCUAGUGACUUUCUUAUCUGUGACCAGCACAAAGUUUUUUUUUUUUUUUUUUUUUUUGUUUGUGGAUCAUACUGGUAUUUAAUAACUUGAUCUUUCUCAUCUUAUCAAAAAAGUAUACUGAUAGUUAUCAUGGUUAAAUUUUAUUUUAUUGAGCUUUUAUGGUGGUUGCACCAUAAGACUUUCUGGUCUGUAUGCAAUGAUGCCUGUGUAUCACUAGAUGUCAAUAUAGGGCUUUUAUUGCAAAAGCUUUAAAUGUGCACGUUUUCAGAGGCAUCUGUGUACAGUACAGGUGGCAGUUAUUCAUCCAUCGAUCUAGCCCAAGGAAAGACAUUUGGAUGGACCAGUUGUCAACGUGGGACAAUAAUAUGAAUCGAAUAUUUAAGUUCCCUAUGACUGUCAAGUUUGUCCUGGGCCUGAGACAAAAACCAAGGUGCUAGAAAUUGAGUUUCAGUGAAGGAGACGGCAAAUUUGGAAACCAGGGCCGGUUUCAUGAAAGCGUUAAGGGGGUAAAAAGUUAUUAGGAUAUAGAAGUUCGAGAAUAGAAAAAUAUAUUAACUAACUUUAAGCUAGAAAUUAAGUAGAAAAUGGUAGUUAAGAUUUUUAGAAUUUUGUGAAUCCGGCCUCAGGUGUGCAAUCAAGAAAGGUAUCAAUUCAAGCUACAUAUUAAAGAUGUAAAUAUUUUUCAGACCUGUAUUGAUGUUACACAACUGGAGAGUUAAAUAUUCAACACGCAUUAAAAAAUGUUUGUUCAAUACAAGUUAAACUUGAUAGGCAGCAUUUGUGGCAAAUGUUUAUCAUAAAAAUGUUGACUUGUUGCACGUUUAUUUAAAAGGCCAAAGUAAAUGGGCCAGUCCAUAAACAUUAAGCAGGAAGUUUGUUUGGGGGAAAUGAGAGUACAUUUUAAAAACUGCUGAAUAUGAUAAAAUAAUAGCUUUGUCUGUAGUUGUCUACAAUGUCUAUUUGUAAACUGUAAAAUGAUUUAUUCUGUAUUGUGUCAAAGUUACUCUCGCUCCCGUGAGCAGUGUUGGUGUUCCAAACAAUAGAUCCACAAAUGGCAGUGUAUGU